AUGUUGAAACAGUUCAAUCCAGGUCAAGUUGGUCUGAUCCAAAAGAGCGAGCAGCAACGUCUCGACCACCCCGUCCGCGUCACCGUUCUCCAGCACAGCCUGGAGCGGAAGCGCCCCCUCAAUUCCACCCGAAUCUUGAGGUUAGGGCUCAAGAACGUCGCCGUCGCCGCCGUUUCCGACGUCAACUUCGGCGCCGAGUUCUCGAUCUCGCCGCUCGAGCCACACGCCGAAAUCGGCGCCCACGGAUUGGUCGGCGCGGAUUUGGGUGUCCAAAAUGGGGAGCAAUCUGGAGUGGCGGUGGGAAACCCUAAUUCGGUCGUCGAAUCGAAUGGAGCUCAUUGUCCUCGGGAUGAUAGGAACUGCGGUUCGAUUGCCUCGAACGGUGUGGAAGUGUCGGAGGAUUCCCAGGCGCUGCAGAACUCACGCGCUCAUGGAGUCGUGUCUAGAGGUACUAGCAAUCCUGUUAUCAGUUUUCUAAUGGGCAAGAAGGGGAUUAUCGAAUCGACAGACCAUAAAUCGCAAAACCUUGUAUCAAAUCUGAGCUUGGAGCCCGAAGAAUAUGAGGAAUUUGUGCUCGAGGUGCUGCGAGGGUCAGUGCUUCUGUUCCCGACUGAGAAUGCACUCAGCAUUGACGAACUCAAGGCAGCUGAAUUUGAAGUCAGGAACUUGAUUGUGCUGGAUGGCACGUGGAUGAAGGCAAAGAGAAUGUAUAGCGAGAAUCCUUGGUUGAAGCUGUUGCCUCAUCUGAAGUUGGAUUUGGAGGUGAUGAGUUUGUACGGAGAAGUUAGAAGUCGGCCUAAGACUGGAUGUUUGUCCACUCUUGAGAGUGUCAUUUACACGAUGAAGGCGAUUGGGGGCAGUCCAGAGGGGCUGGAUCAGCUGUUAGAUGUUUUCGAGUCAAUGGUCAAUGAUCAGAGACGAUGUAAAGAUGAAAGAUUGGGUAAAUCCACUUCAGGGGAUUCUGGUCUCAAGAACGACAUGAGAGUCUCUUAUGCGCUUGUGAUCUUGGCCACUGAAUUCCAUCAGAUUGCAGUCUCCUAGAAUUGUGCGGAUGGAUGAUGUCUGUUUGUUGGCAACCAUGCUGCCAUCUCCAUGGAAUACAAACUUGUUUGCUGCUUGUCCAUGAAUGAACACCGUUGGUUUUGUCGAAGAAACUGAGCUUUGAGAUUGGCCCAUACUUCC